CUCUCUCCUUAUUCCUGCACAGACCGGAGCUUCAUUCCUGUGCACGAGCCGAGAGAAGCAGACGGAGAAGCCGAAGCUGAGUAAAUCGCUCAGGGAAUAAAUAUUUGUGAACUGUGCGACUACAGGAAUAUGCCCCAUUGAUCGUGGACGCACGUGAGCGGUGUGGACUCUAUGCGCCAUGGUGGUGACAACAGCGCAGUGACCACACCAAGUAAUUUCUAAAGGGAUACUCUCCAGGAGCAGGUUGUCUUUCCCGUGUUCCCACCCUGAACCGAGCCCUGCUGGAGACGCUGAGUGGAUGGUGACCGGCGGACUGGACUACCUGCGUUCUGUUUAUUCGCUCCGCGUGCGCACAACGGGGAGACUUACUGCGCCCUUCUCUCCCUCUCCGGUGUUCCACGGAGCGCUUUGGAGAUCACCGGACAGCGUGAAGGGCUUCUAUUUUCACAACUGUCUCUAAGAAGGAGGCUGCUGCGUCCGGUGAACUCUCACCUGUCUCGCUGAAUGGAGAUACCACUGAUCCCGGAGGCUUGACGCAGCUGGGACGGGACCGGGUGCGUGGAGCGUUGGAUCACCCAGGAUCGUGUUCCUCCACCCCCCUUCUCAGUCGUGGGUCUAUUUCCAUGUCCGACCUGAGCGUAUGACAAUGGAUUACUUUCUGCUUUUAAGCAGCUUCUUGCUGUCUGUGGUUUCCGCCGUUGAAGAGACGCUGAUGGACACCAAGUGGGCCACUACAGAAUUAGCGUGGACUGCACACCCUGAGACUGGAUGGGAAGAGGUAAGCGGCUAUGAUGAUGCCAUGAAUCCUAUCCGGACGUAUCAAGUCUGCAACGUACGGGAGCUCAAUCAGAAUAACUGGCUGCGCAGUGACUUCAUCCCACGAAAAGAUGUACUGCGUGUUUACGUAGAAAUGAAAUUCACAGUACGUGACUGCAACAGUAUUCCCAACAUACCAGGUUCCUGCAAAGAGACAUUCAACCUCUUCUACUAUGAGUCAGACUCUGACUCAGCAACAGCCACUAGCCCGUUCUGGAUGGAGAACCCUUACGUAAAAGUGGACACCAUUGCUCCAGAUGAUAGCUUCUCCACGCUUGAGGAAGGGAGAGUGAACACAAAAGUUCGAAGUUUUGGGCCAUUGUCAAAAGCUGGGUUCUACCUGGCCUUCCAGGACCUUGGUGCUUGCAUGUCCCUUAUCUCAGUGAGGGUGUUUUACAAGAAGUGCUCCACCACUAUUGCCAACUUUGCGGUAUUCCCAGAAACUGCAACUGGAGCUGAGGCAACCUCUUUGGUUAUUGCACCAGGUACUUGUGUGCCCAAUGCCGUGGAGGCGUCAGUGCCAUUGAAGCUCUACUGCAAUGGAGAUGGAGAAUGGAUGGUUCCAGUAGGAGCCUGCACAUGUGCUGCUGGUUUUGAACCAGCCAUGAAGGAUACCCAAUGCCAAGCUUGCAGCCCAGGCACCUUCAAGUCAAAGCAAGGAGAAGGUCCCUGUUUUCCCUGCCCUCCCAACAGCCGAGCAACCUCGGGAGCAGCUAGCAUUUGCUCCUGUCGAAAUGGUUAUUACCGCUCUGACACAGACUCGUCAGACUCCCCCUGCACAACCGUUCCAUCUGCCCCGCGAAACGUCAUCUCCAUUGUCAACGAAACUUCGCUGGUGCUGGAAUGGAGUGAGCCUCGAGACUCGGGCAGCCGUGAGGACACCUUCUAUAAUGUCAUCUGUAAGAAGUGCCUGCCUGAGCGAGGGAUGUGCUCACGGUGCGAUGACAACGUGGACAUUUCACCACGUCACCUGGGACUGACACAGCGCCGCGUGACAGUCCGUAACCUGCAGGCCCACACGCAGUACAGCUUCGAAAUACAAGCAGUCAAUGGCGUUUCCAACAAGAGCCCCUAUACACCUCAGUUCUCCGCAGUGAACAUCACUACAAAUCAGGCCGCUCCGUCUGCAGUGCCCACAGUCCACCUAAUGGCGGCCUCAGCGAGCACCAUGAGCCUGUCCUGGCUCCCUCCAGAAAAACCCAACGGAAUCAUUCUGGAUUAUGAGAUUAAGUACCAUGAGAAGGAUCAGGGCGAGGCCAUUGCCCACACCAUGACUGCCCAACGGAGCAACGCCCGCAUUGAAGGCCUCAAGGCUGGUACACCUUAUGUGGUUCAGGUCCGUGCCCGAACAGUGGCCGGUUAUGGACGAUACAGCAGCCCAGCAGACUUCAGCACCAACUUGCAAACUGAUCCACCCAAGUCAUGGCAAGAGCAGCUGCCACUCAUCGUUGGAUCAAUCACAGCCAUCUUGGUCUUCAUCAUUGCACUUGUGGUCAUCGCCAUCGUCUGCUUCAGAAAGCAGAGAAAUGGUUCUGAAUCAGAGUACACAGAGAAACUGCAGCAGUACAAAUCCCCAAUAGUAACGCCAGGAAUGAAGGUCUACAUUGACCCCUUCACCUAUGAGGACCCCAAUGAAGCAGUGCGGGAGUUUGCCAAGGAGAUCGACGUGUCCUGCGUGAAGAUCGAGGAGGUCAUCGGCGCAGGUAACCCACCAAAGCUCCUGAGCUACAGGGGGAAGACUGCUAGUCACCUCCAGGCCAUACCGUUAGAGGACUUCACACCAAGCGGAGAGUUUGGUGAGGUGUGCCGCGGUCGCCUGAAGCUGCCUGGCCGUCGGGAGAUCAUAGUGGCCAUCAAGACACUCAAGGUUGGCUACACUGACCGGCAGAGACGAGACUUCCUUUCCGAGGCUUCCAUCAUGGGCCAGUUCGACCACCCCAACAUCAUCCGUCUGGAAGGUGUGGUCACCAAGAGUCGGCCUGUGAUGAUUGUGACUGAGUUCAUGGAAAACGGGGCCCUGGAUUCCUUUCUAAGGCUCAACGAUGGGCAAUUCACAGUGAUCCAGCUGGUUGGCAUGUUGCGUGGUAUCGCAGCAGGCAUGAAGUACCUGUCAGAUAUGAACUAUGUGCACAGAGACCUGGCUGCCCGGAACAUCUUGGUUAACAGUAAUCUGGUGUGUAAGGUGUCUGACUUUGGGCUGUCUCGUUUCCUUGAAGAUGACCCUACAGAUCCCACAUACACCAGCUCACUGUAUUUCAUGCUCACAUACUCAUUCGCAUAUCCACAGGGAGGUAAAAUUCCCAUUCGCUGGACAGCCCCUGAGGCGAUCGCCUACAGAAAGUUCACCUCAGCUAGUGAUGUGUGGAGCUACGGCAUCGUCAUGUGGGAAGUAAUGUCGUACGGCGAGCGGCCGUAUUGGGACAUGAGCAAUCAAGAUGUGAUAAAUGCUGUAGAGCAGGACUAUCGACUGCCCCCACCCAUGGACUGCCCCACGGCCCUACACCAGCUCAUGCUGGACUGCUGGGUCAAGGAAAGGAACUUGCGACCCAAAUUCACCCAAAUUGUCGCCACAUUGGAUAAACUUAUCAGAAACGCAGCCAGCCUCAAGGUUGUCACCAAUAGCACACAGUCCACAGGGGUGUCCCAGCCUUUGCUUGACCGCAGUGUGCCAGACUAUACCACUUUCACCACUGUGGGGGACUGGCUGGAUGCCAUCAAGAUGAGCCGCUACCGUGACAACUUCAUCAACGCUGGAUUUGCGUCCUUUGACCUGGUGGCCCAGAUGACAGCAGAGGACUUGCUGCGAAUAGGGGUGACGUUGGCCGGUCAUCAGAAGAAAAUUCUCGGUAGCAUUCAGGACAUGAGACUACAGAUGAACCAAACACUUCCUGUCCAGGUGUGAGCACAGACGGAUGCAGUCAAAGGACAAGCAGACAGGAAAAGGAGGAGGGAAAGGUGCCAGAGAAGGCCAAUGGAAACAAAACCCUAGCUGCCUGAUCCAUCUCUGCCAACUAGACACUAAAAACUGGCUUGCAGUGCCUCAGAUAUAUAGUUUUUCUUUAUUUCAGAACCACUUACAUUUCUUGCCCCCGCUCUUUAGUUCCUUUGCAUAUUUUUCCCCUCCCAUCCAAAUGGAAUCAGUUUUUUUUUUGAAAGAAGAGAAUGGGUUGACCCCCUUUCCCAUAUGCACCUCACCAGCUCUAGAAUGGGUUGAUGUUUGCAUGCAUGUGGUUUUUGGUGAAGUUGGCCUCAGUGGUGCUCUGAUCCUUGUGCAAGAACCUCUUCCCUUGAUCCUUAAUGCAGCUCUGCUGGACGUAAGAAUCUCUGGUCAAUAAGGAAGACCCGCAUUCAUAAUUAACCCGGGGAUAAAACAAAAUGUGUGCCAGAUCACGAGAGACAGAGGACGACCUGGACGGGUUGUUUUAUUGUGCAUGUGUGUUGUUCUCCAUCUUCAUAUUGAAGGUGUGAUACCUAAAAGGGCACUUGCUGCAGAAAGGUGAGGUGGUGAAGACAAAAAUAUAAGUUGGACUUCCAUCAAAGGUCAAGAGGAUAACAGAAAAGGUCAAAAGAGAAGGCAGCCACAUUUUUGGACAUCUGCACUGGCUUUUUGGUCGACAGACCUCUUUGCUCUGGUCUGAAGUGACUUUGGAUGGUUCCAUAGCGUGGGAACACCUGCGUAUCACCUGUGUUUUUUAAAUGAGAAGCCUCUUUCUUCGCUCUACUUUUAUUUUGUUUCCUUUGAAGUUGCUUAGAUUUUUUACACAUUUUUGGGAGAUUUUCAAAAUGGGAUCCCCUCCAUGACCGGACACUUAAUGUGAUGAGUGGGGGACGAGGACUGUGGCAGAAUGACCCCUUGGCCUUUAGUGUGAUUUUUUUAUGCGAGUGGCUGUGUGUGUGUGUGUGUGUGUGUGUGUGUGUGUGUGUGUGUGUGUGUGUGUGUGUGUGUGUGUGUGUGUGUGUGUGUGUGUGUGAGCGUCUGAGCGUCUGACUUAAGUGUCUGGGUGUACAAGAGUGUAUACACAUUUCUGUACAAAACAGCUUCCACAGUUUGACAGAAUGAAGAAUUAAAGCAUGGACUGAACUGUAAUAAGGAGCAACUAUAUCUGAAAUAAUUACACUAUACUCUGUGGACAGCUGUUAAACAUUCACUUUUUUAAUGACUCCAAAAAUGGACUUUAGACACACACACACACACACACACACACACACACACACACACACACACACACACACACACACACACACACACAACAGUCAAUUGAUAACUACAAACACUUGUUUAUAUUUCUCAACCUCCUGCCCUGUGUAUUUAUUUGUACCUAACCCAUCAACCCCCCAAAUCCCCGACUACAACACAAAGAUGGACUGGGCUGCUGUUUGGGAGAGUGGACUUCAUCCAACGAAGAGGAGAAACUCCAAGCAACUUCAUCCGAUCAGAAAUUCCUAAUGAAUUAGUAAAUAUUAAACAAAAAAAUGCACAUAAAUUGGGAUAUUGUAUUUUUGUUGUUGUUCUAAACAGCCUGUACAUGUUUUGUAACAAAUAAGAAGAAUAACUAAAGAAAAUUGGUGUUGUGAAAUGUUUGCCUCACAGUGAAUUAAACCUAAUGAUGAUGCAAGAUGAGAGAGGAGAUUCAAGUAGAAACAAACCGCCCCAUGUUCGAUGACUGCAUCAUCGCCUGUUUUUAUGAGCAGGCGUUACGCAAGUGUUGAUUGUGUGCAGGUGUGUGUGUGCCCCAAUCCAUUCUCAACAUAAGGAGCAUUUAUGAAGCGCUGAGCCGUUACUAAUUGUCUUCCAGGCACAUAAUUGUCAUCUCCUGCAAACCAAUCAACAUUUUUUUAAAUGCAAGACUUGUCAAAAAGUUUUUACAAGGACAAACCAGGGAUAGCGUUGUUUCAGCAUAUCACUGCAGUCGCCACAGAGGAGGAGCUCCAUAACGGGCCACGCAGUUUCUCCCCAUCCAACAGGAUCCUCAUUAGAGAAUCCACAGCUGUCAGAGGAGCAACCUAUUGGUGUUUGUCUGUCAGCUCGAUUAAUGCAGCAGCCAAUCAGGCAUCAUUCGGAUAUGAAUGUGCAGCACGCAGGCAGACACAUGGGGCAGGCAGGCCUAUCAUUAUGUCUCAUUCAUUUCCUGUCUGGCCUGCAAUCACCCAGUCUCUGCACUGGGUGCUGCAUGAUUAGCACAGAGCUGGAUCGACAACACAAGCAUACAGGCAGCCAAAAACCUGGAGCCACCCUCGUCUUAACUGAUAGCAGCUGCACCUCCAACACCAUAUUUGUGCUUCUCAGGAGAGGGUGUGUGGAGAUAGCGGAUUAGAGACUGCUGUGAUCUUCCACACUGUCUCUUUAUUGUUUGGGCUGGAGGCGAUCAAUGCAGUAUAUGACUAUGAUAAUUAUUUGCAUGCAUGAUGAUACUGCAACACUUCAUUAAUGUUUUUUUCUCUCUCGAACAAGUGAGUUUACUAAUACUCUGUUAAGCGCUUCCUAAUCUGUAACUGUAGAGGUGCACUAUUAACUAAUUCACAGGAGUACAUGAGUCUGGGUUUGAGGUUGUAUUGGUAGUAAUAUGGGUGUAAAUUGGAGCUGCAAGAACUGGCAACAAAACUUUUGUCAUCAGUAAUCACAAUUAUUUUAUCGUCUUUCACAGCAAAACUGGAACAGAGUGAAAUGUUUGGGAACGACAACAAUUUCAAUCAAGGGAUUUUCCCCAAUUAAGAAAAAAUGUCCUCCUCUUUCUCAGUUGUUCAUGACUUCUGUUCCACUCACUGUUAACUCAUCUGUGGUGCCAAACAAGACUAGUUGAUUGGCAUAAAACAACAUCAAAACUCGGGGAGGCUAAACACUGUCAGAUGGCAAACAUCCCGACUCAUGAGAAGUGGCAGCCCGGAGCCUUUUGUGAACUAUUGAUGAAGUGCACAUGGUUUUCUGGGGUCUAGAGUUGUGCUCACCAAAGUCAACCGGCCGUGAGCGAUGGGCGACUGGCAGGGUUGCACACAUUUAAAAGAUUAACCCAUCAACCGCUUCAACUGAAAACAAUUAAUCUUUUAGUGUUUUUUUAAAGAUAUUCGUAAGAGUGUUGCACAUUUCACACUCAAGGAAAAAAACUGCUCUCUUGUGUUUUGAGUGUAUCCAUCUGGCUGCAAAUGGCUGAAAUGAAGAUGGACUGUUACGUGUGUGUGUGUGUGUAUGUGUGUGCGUGCGUGCAUGUGUGUGUGUGUGUGUGCGUGCGUGCGUGUGUGUGUGUGUGUGUGUGUGCUCUUUUUUAACAGUUGGAUCACCAGAGUUUAGAUCAGUUGUGCUUAUCUCUCCGUGUGCUAGUAGGAUUCAGACUAUCCGAACAUUCCUUAAAGCUUUCUUCCUCAGUUUAACAUAUUCUGCAGCGUAUCACAGAUGAAACCUCCUCUCUGAAAACACCCCUCACCCCUCCACAUUUCGGCUCUCUAGCUUUGUUUUCCUACCUGUCUGUUUUCAAUUAAUAUAUACAGUACUUUUUGUUUCCUUCUUCUGUCUAACGAGCUCACAGACCUGUCUGUCUUUUAGUUGCUUUUAUUUUUUCCUGUCUUAUAAUAACAAGCAACAUGCUUCAGAGAGUUCUGUACAUGUUUAGUGAAAUAGAAUCAGGGGAGUGGGGUUGGAUUGAGAAAUACAAUUGUCACUUCCUCUUUGAAAAGCAUUGAGAUGUAUUUAAAUGGUGGAGAUAUACACAGCAAAUGACUAAAAAGAUGAAGCAUUCUUGUAGAAAUAUUUUUAAAAGACCCUUUUUGCAAUUAAAUUAUUUAAGAAAUGUGACCCAAUCUCCCCUCUGAGUCUUGUGUUGUGUCUUGAAUCGAUCAUUCUUCCACAUGGAGAUGGUUCUUUGUUCUUUAAAAGGUACCAUGCCAAUUACUGAUGAUAAUCACACACAUGCUCCUCAGUCGGGCAACUGCCCAGGACAAACACAUCCUACCUCUCUGCAUACAUUUUUAUGGCCAUCUCCCACUGCUGUAAUGAUUACCAGAACUUUGGGUAACGCUGUAGUAUUUAUUACAGCGACUGCUUUUGUUUGAUAAAGUCAUGCUAUAGCAUUGGUUCAGCUUACAGAAUGAUUUAGGUAAACACCACACACCCCCAGGUUUAACUGCCAACUUCCAAACAUCUGCUCAGUUUAGCCAUGAACUGGAAUAGUUGAUUUUUCAUCCAAAAACCUCUGAUUUGAUGUUUGGGUUGCAGACAAGCUUAAGGUGUAUUAUUGCUCUUUUUGAGGAAAAUGUUGAUGUUGCAGAACAAAGAUUUUUCUGCUGAAGAGUUUUUAUUGAUCUUUUGAAAAGUUUUCUGGUUCCUUUGUUAAAGGAAUGCUUAAGUUUCAACUGUAGUAAACAACCCUGCACCAGGCUGCUGUAGCUAGCACUAACAAUAAGCUAACACCGAUGAAAGCCAACUGACACUAAAAAAGCCAUCAAGUAAAAAGAUCCACGCUGUCGGGCAAAAAUAUUAUUACUUUUAAGUCCAGUUGCAACAAAGCCAGGUCACCAUCAGUUUAUGAUUUCGUAGCAAGAGUUGGCAGCACCAAUGUUCACUACAGUUGUAGCUCUUUGUUUCGCCUCCAAAGACAUUACUCUUUACUCCCAGGCUCAGUCAUGAUGUCAACAAAAGUUGCAAGAUGGUUCUUCUUCUGACCAACUGCUAGCCUUUGUAUGAUCUACCAGUACAGUAAAUGGUUAUUGUCACAAAGCAGAUAGAGACCUCCUUCUAGUGCAUCUACCCGAAUCACAAACCCUGUUAAAUACAGAGAGGGCUACUGUCACGGUUUGCCUCCCUCUGCUGUGAGUUUUGGUCAGCGCUGUGUUACAGGUGGGCGUGGUACUCAUCACACCUGUUCGGAGUUCCACUAAUCGGAGCCAGAGGGAUUUAAGGAGCGAUGGGACUCAACUCCAGCGCCAGUCGAUACUCUCACAUGGGUAGAUUCCAGCCUUGUUACCUGUCCUGAUCAUACGUACUAAGCUAAUGAGCUUAUUUAUCCUGUUCCAGUUUCCUGAUCUGAAUCACCUACCUGGUCUGGAGUUGUUUCUUCCCGUCUCGUCGCUCAAGGAUCCUCAGGUCUUCGAACUCCUCGCCCGCCGGCCUGUCCACGCUCUGCACCAUCCUCACCGCUCCAGCCUCUCCCAGUCCGCCUCCGCGCAGCUUCUGGUCUCUGAUCGUAAGAACUCUCAGUCUCUCAGUCAGUUUCUCUUGGUUCUCUGGUUCCGGUCUCGCUCACCUCUCCUUUUAUCUUUUAUAGAUUCCGGUCCCGUCCCGUUCCUGUGUUUUCAGACGCAGCGUCCUUAGUUCUAGGUUGCUCCUUAUUUCUAUUUUUUUAAAUAAAACACCUGUAUUUUUCGUACCUUUGUUCUGUCGUGAUUCUUCAUGUCCAUGGGUGAAGCACUUACCCACAGCAUGACAGCUACAGAGUGCUGUCCAGUGUGAAGUUGGUCAAGAUUGUGGUCCAAUAACCAUUACAACCAGUUUUAAAGAAAUAUCUUUAAUUGUUGCUGGUAAAGUCUUUUCAGGCGUUCUGGAGAGGAGGGUCUGUCAAAUUGUCCAACCUUAGAUUCCGGAAGAACAAUGUGGUUUUCGUCCUGGCUGUGGAACACUGGACCAGCUCUAUACCCUUACGGGAGUCCUGGAGGGUACCUGGGAGUCCAUCCAACCAAUCAACAUGUGUUCUGUGGAUUUGGAGAAGGCGUUCAACCGCAUUCUGUUCUUAACUUUGAUGGACAGGAUUUUUAGGCACAGCCAAGGUGUUGAGGGGAUCCGUUUUGGUGGCCUAAGAAUCAUGUCUCUGCUUUUUGCAAAUGGUGUGGUCCUGCCGGCGUUCGCUGGAGUGGUUCGCAGCUGGGAUGAGAAUCAGCUCCUCUAAAUCUGAGACCAUGGUCACCCAAGUGGAAGAGUUUAAAGUAUCUCGGCUCUUGUUCCCGAGUGAAGGAAAGCUGGAGCGUGAGAUCGAUUGGUUGUGUGCAGUGAUACAAGUGUUGUACCUGUCUGUCAUGGUGAAGAGAGAGCUGAGCCAGAAGGCAAAGCUCUUGACUUACCAGUUGACCUAUGUUCCAUUCCUCACCUAUGGUCAUGAGCUUUAGGUAGUAAUCGAAACAACGAGAUCACGGAUACAAGCAGCCGAAAUUAGUUUUCUCCGCAGGUUGUCCAGGCUCUCCCACUGAGAUGGGGUGAGAAGCUUAGAGUAGACCUGCUGCUCUUCCACAUCAAGAGGAUCCAGUUGAGGUGGCUUGGGCCUCUGGCUUGGAUGCCUCUUUGAUGAGGUUUUCUGGGCAGGUCCAACCGGGAGGAGAUCUAAUGAAAGAUCCAGGACACGCUGAAAGGACUAUGUCUCUCUGCUGGCCAGGGAAUGCCUUGGGAUUUCCCCCAGAGGAGCUGGCCUAAGUGGCAGGGAGAUGGAUGUCUGAGCAAAUUAUAACAAUGACAAUAUAUGAAGCUGUGAUAUUAUGAAUCAGCUGAUACUUGCAAAUACCCCCCCCCCCCCCCCACACACACACACAUACACACACACACAUGCACACAACAAAUAUUUUUAGUUCUGCUUAAUCAUUAGACAGUAUAAGCUGUUCACGAGCCCAAAUGGUCUGUAUUUCUAUAGCACCUUCUAAAAAUUCUACAACCCCCCCAAGGUGCCUUGCAACACAAUCAGCCAUUCAUCCAUUCACACACACAUUCACACACUGGUGGUGGUGAGCUACGAUGUAGCCACAGCUGCUCUGGGGCACUCUGAGAGAGGUAAAGAAAUAUCCUUAAAUUUGACCUCAUCUUGCUCUUUAUCCUCUUGUACUUUUCUUAUUUAAUUUGCCCACUUUAGUGUUCAGCUCAUGUCUCAAGUCUCUCUUUUUUUUGUCUGGAUGAAGCAGAUAUUUUUAAAAGGCUUCUCCCUUGGUGCCUUCUUCGAGGAUUCGACAGAAGGUUUGGUUUUCUACGUUUAUUUUACAGAGGGCAGAACAAAUGUUAAACUUUUCUUUAAUUAAAUGUUGUAACAUCUUGUUCCUGAUUAGUGCUUCCAGAAAAUCAGCUCAACUGAUUCCUUCAGGAUCCAGCAGUAGUUCAUAAACGUUAAAGUUUUUUUUUUUUUUUGCCUUUUACCUAAUUUGUUCUCAUAAUCAACCUCUUUCUUCCUUUGUGGCACUGUUUUGGCUCAAGACAUGUAAAAAAAAUCCAUGUCGCAAAAUAAAAUUAAGCAUGACUGCAAACAUCCUGAGACAGACUGAGGAACCAUAUCAUAGGUUGAGAGUUUAUUUUGACUAGCUCACAGAGCCAGUGCUCCCUCAGAGCUGGAUUCAUAGUAGAACCUGUCAGAUUGAGGUAAAUAUGGACCAAUGCCAAGAUGGACUAGAGGACUGUAUACUUUCUUCCGGCUAUUGACAUAGUGUCAUGUUACUCUGAGCUGGGAAAUAUUGAUUCUCUGCAGGUGCAUUUCAUCAAAAUAUGUCAUAUAAUGCAAGGGAGAAUUAUUAAGACGUCAAUAAAGAUUAAUUUCUUAUCCCUCCUUAGUGAGUGAGGCAGCAUUAGCAUAAAUAUCGCUGUGCAUUAACAUUACUUAACCACGUGUCGGUCAGGAAGAAGAUCAAUGAAAAACAUGAUCACACAUUUAUAAAAAAUCUACUUCCUUACAACCUCUUUGCACACUCCUCUUAUUUCCAUAUCCAGAUUCCUUUUAGUCUUUUCAUAGACUCCAUCUUCCCCCUUCCCCAAUAAGAAACCUGCUAACACCCACGCACUCAUGCAUCAACUACUUUUUCAUCAUCUCCUCUGCCUCUUUAACUUCAGCCCAGCACAGCUAAUUGGUCACGUCUGCACUGUGACAUGGGGACCUGGCGUAAUUGUUGGACAAAUAGUGAGGCGUUUAGCUUCAGACCCGUCUGAAGCGAGCUGUACACAGACAGCGACUGACUGGAAAGCCUAAUUACCACCUCAGCCUCACAACCUGCUAAUUGGCUAACUCUUCCAACAAAGUAAAAUGUGUAUCUUUGUUUGUACGAGGGUUUGUUGGUGACUUUGUCCCCUAAAUUAAAAGGGCUUGUGAAACAGGAUACAAUAAAAUAAAAUAGCAGCUCAUGAUGAAUUACUGAACAGUCAACACACUGUGGUUUUAAAAAUGGUCAGUUUGAGGGUAAAAAACAAAAGUUGAUGUGGUUGUUAUCCAUCUGCUAAUUAAACAUGUUGGGUAGCUCCAUCCAGACUUUCUUUUCAAGUAACCAAAAACACCCACACCAUCUUUCCAGCACACGCUCUCGCUUGCAGACAUGAAUGAGCAGCUAAAACAAAAGUUGCACAGGAUUUAAUCUGCAAUCAUCCAAACUAAGCUCCCCCUACAUCAAAAGUGGCUGAAAUCCACCGAUAAGCAAAAAAAAAACAAAAAAACAA